AAUCACAGAAUGAUCUCAUUAAGUUCAGCACCGCUUCACUCUGUAGUGUGGACACAUUAUAAGUGUUCAUUUCAAACUGAGGAUUUUGUUGUGGGGUUUAAAGGGUUAAAGCAGAACAUGAUUUGGCUGAUUUAGGGAUGUGUGGCUGACAGGUCAUGCUCAGGGUCAAGGGUCAAGGUUAGGGUCAGGUCAUUGGUCAACAUGUUUCACUAGUUAUGCCAUUUUGGCACUGGCAGGUAAAGACACAAACAGCCUUCGUUAGUGCUGAUUAUUAAUGCAGUGACCUGAUUAGGCAGUAUUAGUUUAAAUGAAUGUGGAUUGUCAAAACAUAAGAACAGGAAACAUGCUUCCUACUAAUAUAACAACAUGUUUCUUCCUGAAAGACAUUCGCAUGAAGCGAACUGAGAGCUUUAUCAUUGCGAUGCUGUAGUUGAUGGUUUCCCUCAUUGGUGACAGCAGGGGUGCGCGCGCUCAGACCCGCUUCACUGCUCUCUAUUCUGACCAGCGACACGGACAAUAUCCCGGAAACAUUAUAUUCCACUGAUUUCUGUUCUUUUUCUCGGCUUAGCAUGUUCCAGUCGGUGUGUUGUUUAGUGUGGAGCGCGUUGCGGUGACUGAAGCGCCCCUCCUGUGAGAGAUGAUGGUUCACGCCCGCGCUGCAGGUUUUUAUCUUCAUCUCAUCACGCGACCGCAGCGGCUCACCGGAGAGUCUGCCGUGCUUCUCACCGAGUCGCGCUGUGAUGCGCCUGUAGCGGCGGCUCUCGUCUGCUCCGGUGAUGAAGGCUGACGGAGGACACAGAGCGCGAGCAUCGAGGACGGCGGCGUUUGUGUCGUGUUUCAGACGCGAUGUGAUCUGCAUCAGCUCGACGAUGCUUUCGUGGACUGUCAUCUGUGAAAACACCCGCACCGUCUCAUCUAUGGUGACUACGCUACGUUUAUGUGGUCUUUGAUCUCACCUUAAAUAUAUUAAAAUAUUAUAGUAUCAUUUUAUGUUCAGACUUCUUGGAUUUAACCACAUGAGGACAGAAGGACCGUUACUGGUUGGAAUACAAAUCCUUUUCUUUUUUUAUUUUUGAACCAAAGGUCAGCUGCGUGUGUCAGGGGUUCAGGAUCCAGUGAGUAAAUGAAGGAGGUGUGUCGCAUCUGCGCGCGCGAGCUGUGCGGAAACCAGCGGCGAUGGAUCUUUCAUCCGGCCGCCAAACUCGACCUGCAGGCGCUGCUGUCUCACGCGCUGCGCCGCGGUCUGCAGCGGGACGGACGCGGCGAGUUCAUCUGCAGCAAGUGCUGCUUCAUGCUGGACCGCAUGUUCCGCUUCGACACGGUGAUCGCGCGCGUGCAGGCGCUGUCCCUCGAGCGGCUGCGCAGACUCCUGCAGGAGAAAGAGCGUCUGCGCCAGUGCAUCACUGCGCUUUAUAACAAAAACAAUGGGCAGGAGACAUGGGGGGCGACGGAGGCCUCGUGUGCGGUGGACGUGUCCGAGUACUUCACCCUGCUGCAGGAGGACCUGAUGUACUGCAUGUACGAGUCCUGGGCGGAAGACGCGGAGCAGGUGUUGGAGUGUUGCCACGCGUCGGAGGUUUCCUCGUGUUGGCAUCGCUCGCGCAGGUGCAGGGUCUGCAGGGCAUUGCGUGUGCCCGACUCUGACUACGAGGCCGUGUGUAAGGUGCCCAGGAAGCUGGCGAGGAGCCUUUCCUGCGGCCCGUCCACACGUUACUCGGCCAGCGGCAUCGGAAGCAUGUGCGAGGAGGAACAGACUUCAGACACACUGGUGCCCGAGACGCAGCGCACGGCAUCACGCUCGUCAGACGGUGGGCGCACGCUCCGAGACCGCAGGAGCUCCGGCGGAUCACUGGAGUCACUGGAUAAAAGCCGCGGUGCUUCACCCGUCAAAGUUCCCCAGCGUGACGACCGAAGCUGCGACGAUGCAUCUGAUGCUCCUCCAGCAAGACUCGCUCUGGAUCUGUCGCUGCUUCAGGACUGUGUGUACAGACCCGUCCAGAGUCCACAGGGAAGCAAACUGCCUGUUCUGAUGAAUCCUGGGUGUUUUAAUGGAGGAGCUAAACUGGACAGUCCAGACCAGGAGAACCUGUUUGACGGAGCAAACCACAUGCUGGUGGAGCCAGAGCCGCCCAGAGUCCAGCUGGAUCCGGAUCCGGAGCUGGCCCGUCUGGAGGAGCUGUGUCAGCAGGUGCAGGAUGAGUACCUGCCCUUCCGUCUCCGGAGAGGCCCACAGAGUCUGAUAGAAGAGCAGCAUUCACAUCAGUACGAACGCACCGCUGGACAGUGUGUGAAUGAACUGCAGCAAGCGCAGCUUCAGCUCGAGUCUCUGCAGAACCAGAUCCACGAGAGCGAGACCAGCAACAAGGUGCUGCAGGAGAAACUGUGUGAGAUGGAGUCAGAGCUCCGGUCCAUCAGACAAGCUGCUCAGAACCAAGAGAGAACCAUCCAGAACCUCACAGACAGCCUGAGAACUAAAGACACAGAGACUCAGGAGCUGUACCGUGUGAUUGAGGGCCAGAACAACACGCUGGCCACAAUCACAGAGACCCACCAGCAGCAGCUGCAACACACACAGACUCCAGAGGGCGCUGUGGACUCCGGUUCGGUUCUGGGCUCUCAGAGUUCUCUGUUCUGGUGUCAGCUGGAGUUGGAGGCGAGUCAGCGCGCUCACAGACUGACUCAGAGACGUCUGGAGGAUGAGACGCGCUCGCGAGACCGACUGCAGAACGAGCUGCAGGACGCGCUGCAGCACAGAGACAUUUCCCACAAACACAACCAGGAGCUGCGUGAGAUGGUUGAGCAGCUGCGGUCUGAGCUGCAGGUCAAACUGUGUGAGCUGAGAGAUUGUGAAGCCUCGACUCGCUCAGAAAUCACUGACCGGGACAAAACCAUCGCACAGCUACAGCAGAGCUUAUGCCGCAGAGACGCGCUGCUGCAGGAGUAUUCGGAGCUGCUGAAUGAUUCGCCCGACUGCAGCGGCCGCGUGGAGAGAGACGCACUGCUGCACACACUGAGGACUCGCAUCAGAGACAGAGACGCUGCGCUGGAGCGCUCAAUCGAUGAGAAGUUCCACUGUCUGGAGGAGAAGGAUGGUGAAGUGUGUCAACUACAGCUGGUGCUCCGCGAGAAAGACCGAGACCUGGAGAGACUCCGCUGCGUCCUCAACAACAACAACGACACCAUCACGGGUUUGGAUGCUCUGGUGCGCAGUAAGGAUCUGGAUCUGGAGAGAACACAGGAAAGCUGCCGGAAACUGGAGUGGAUGAAACAGCAGAGCGAUGAGAAACACACACUCGCUGUACAGGAAAGAGACGGCAUCAUUCAUCAGCUGCAGACGGCGCUGCAUUCACACAGCAGAGAGAGCGAGGAGCUCAGGUCAGUGUUGUUGGGAAAAGUGUCUGCCGCUGACGAGCUCCAGCAGCUGCAGUCUCACCUGUCGAUGAAAGAGCGUCUGUUUCAGGAAGUGAUGUCAGACCGCAGCCGGCAGGCGCAGGAACACCUCAGACAGAUCACAGAGCUGCUCCACACCAUCAGCACCAGAGAUCAGGACAUGAAGGAUUACGGCGAGAGGUUGGGCCGGGUGAUUUCUGAGCGAGCGGGUCAGCUGCAGGAGUUGCGGAAGCAGCUGUCGUCACGGGAACAGGAGCUGAAUGACCGGAACAGGGAGCGAGAGAGAGAUGCUUCUGCGUCCAGAGAGCUGCAGAGACUUCAGGACGUUCUCAAGGAGAAAGACGCCUUCAUGCAGGAGUUACUGCGGGGGCCGAGCAAAAUGUUGAGCUCCACACCAGCAGCAGACCAGGCUGCAUGCUCGGACAGCUCGGGUGAUCUGGAUGUACAAGCCAUCAGAGAUGAGCUACAGCUGACCCUCAAGAAACACAGAGAGACUGAGCAGCUCGUGUCGGAGCAGCAGGUGCUGAAUGAAGCUCUGAGAGCAGAGAAGAAGGUUUAUCAGAAGCUCAGACACAUCCAGUCUCAGGAGGGCAGUGCUGAGAAGACUAGCGCGCUGCACACAGAACUGGACUCGCUUCAGGUGCUGCGCCAACAGCUGGAAGAAGCCCUGAGGAGGAGCUGUGAGACGGCGCUGGUGGACCGGGUCGACUGUGGAGAAUCCAGCAGUGAUGAAGAUGAAGACGAUCACGACAGCAGUGAAGAGUUCACGGACAGCAUAGAGGACAACGACCUCAAACUGACAGCUCAGAGUUUGACCAGCGCACAGAGAGCCGAGGAGUUCAGCAGACCGGGGAACGGGGCGCUGAUGUCCCAGCAUGCAUCAGAGCAGAGAAACGAAGGCGAGACGGGCCGCUCCUCACUCUCUCACAGCAGGAACGAGCCUGGAUUAGCAGCAGAUGAGGAGGAAUCUGCGAGGUUGGAGAAGCGUGAAACAGACCGGCCAAACUCCCAUGAGCCUCAGAGAGUUUACCGUACGUUCAGAGAGGAAGAGGAGGAAGAAUAUAAUGAUGAAGAGGAAGGGCAAGAUGCCCGGGCCCGUCACGGCAAGCGUGGGCCCCCGAGAGUGGAGCUGCGGGAGGGGAGGAGGAAGAGGAGGUGCACCAGACCACAUUCUCUGGACCUUGGAGCUCUGCUGUCACACAAACCUGCAGCCCAUCUCAAAGUUCAGGAUGUAGAAAUGGAGCAAGAGGUUGAUGGCGAUAGCGGCAGUCCGAGAGCAGGAAGAGGCGGAGCCAUUGGGUUCUGGCAGCAUGUGGAGGCGGGGCUUCGGGAGCAGGUGGAGCGUCUCCAUAGCGACCUUGCCGUGAGUCGUCAGGAGAGCCGUGAUCUGCAGGAGAGACUGAUGGUGUCAGAGGCGACAGUGCAAGCGCAGGCCGAACAACUGAAAGACUACAGAGAGCUGCUGACCGACAGCGCCGUCCAGCAGGACAGUAAACAGGUGCAGGUGGAUCUUCAGGAUCUUGGAUAUGAGACGAGUGGCCGCAGUGAGAAUGAAGCUGAGAGAGACGACGCCAGCAGCCCCGAGUUUGAUGAGUUGGAGACGUGCAUCUCUCUCUUGGAUUCGGGGAGCAGAUGCAGUGGUUGGCAUGGCAACAGCAAUGCUACGCAGACAGACAACCCGUCCUCGCUGAAGCGUUUGGUGCAGGACCUGCGCUCACAGCUCUCUCACUGCCACAAAGUGAUCCGCGGCCUGCAGCUGCGAGUCCGUUCGCUCUCUUCGACCUCAGACUACGCCUCCAGCCUGGAGCGCACGCCACGCAAGGUGAACUGGGCGCUUCAGGUGAGUGCGGAUCACAGCAGUCUGGACGAGGAUGAGGGCUGGCAGUCCGACGGGCCGCUGAGACGCAGCCGCGAGCUGCAGGAGCUGGUGACCCGCGUGGCGCUGCUGGAGACCCAGAUCAAGAGCUCCAAGCAGGAGGGGAAGAGCGGCGCGGAGGGCGGGAAAUGUGCCACCUGGCCUGGGAAGUACAACACACUGAUCCAGGCACAGGCACGAGAGCUGUCACACCUGCGGCAGAAGAUGCGAGAGGGGCGGGGCAUCUGCCACAUCCUCACACAGCACCUGAGUGACACGACCAAAGCCUUCGAGGAGCUGCUGCGCGCCAACGACAUCGAUUACUACAUGGGCCAAAGCUUCCGAGAGCAGCUUUCCCAGAGUUCCUCACUCGCUCAGAGAGUCAGCACCAAGAUCAGUGGACGUGAUCGUUCAGAGCAGCAAGAUGCUAAAACGGGUCACGAGCUGCUAGCGCUGAGGUUGAGUAAGGAGCUCCAACACAAAGAUCAAAUCAUCGAGUCUCUGCACACCCAGUUACAGCAGCGUCCUGACAUGCCCUGCAGCAGCCACGCCCCCUCUGAGACAACAGACCAAUCAGAUUGUGCCUCGUUUGUGUCCGACGAAAGAGGCUCCACCAAUGAGGACGUGGACCUGUGCUCAGACAUGGACGCAGCCAGUGAGUUUGCACAGGAGGAGUCCAAACCCAAAGAGAGAGGUGUGUUCACAGAACUCUUGUCCAGCUCACAGCUUCUGAUCCAAACCCAGCAGAUCAGUGCUCAUUCUAACCCCAUGACCUUUGCCCCCAUGACCUGCCCUGACCCUGACUGCAGGAUCCUGACUGUCUCAGCACAGAGGAGGCCGCCCAUAAGAACUUUCAGCGCGCCUCAUUCGCUCUCCAGCUAUCAGCUGACCGCGCACACGCCCCGUCCCAUCGAUUACACGCCUGUAUCCCAUCAUACACGGGGAAACAGUGGAGGCCUAUCUGUGCAGACAGAUGCAUUGUGGGACAUGGAGAAUAUGAUUCAGCCAAUCGGAGGUUUUAAUGGAUCAUCUCAUUAUCAGUCUGGCAACAGCCAAUCAGGUGUAGACGUGAUCGAGGAGCAUCUGAGAGAGAUCCGAUCUCUGCGUCAGCGGCUGGAAGAUUCUAUCAGAACCAACGAGAGAUUGAGACAGCAGGGACGUCUGGCCACAGCAGCGAGAGACACAGUGGCUCCAACCAACAUCUUUAUCCACAGUCAUGAUGCAGUCAGUCAACUGACCAAUGAAGUCAGAGCAUUAAAGGAGGAAAAUCUGGCACUCCAGUCAAGGUUACAAGCCAGCAGAGACAGCAGUGAAGAGGCGGAGCAGCUCCGGGAGGCGGUACUUUCUGGGCGUGUCCGUCUGCAGCAGGCGGAGUUAGAGGCGGAGCAAUGGAAGGAGGAGUUGAGGAGGCUGCAGACACACAACUGUGAACAAAGUCAACAAAUCCAGCAGCUGCGACAGGACAGACAAAACAGUCAGGAGCACAACAACAGACUGCAGCACGAGGUGACUUUACUCCAGCAGCAGUUAGCAGAGAGCAGACAGCUGCUACACUCCCUACAGAGUGAACUACAGCUGUACGACCACGUGUGUGGCGUGAGAAAGAGCGCCGCUGCAGGGUUGGUGUGUGAGGUGCGCUGCCCGGCGGUGGAGCUGCGGGAGCUGCUGGUGGAGGUCCGGGCUCUAAGGGCCCAGCUAGAGUGCAGUGUUCAGGAGAACAGUGAUCUACGAGCUCAGCUGCAGAAACACCUGGAUCAGUCCAUCGAUCAGCGCCCGUCACCCAUCAUCCCGGCCAGUCCGCUGCGGGACGUGCUUUACCGCCGACAGCUUCUGCACGACCCGUCUCCUUCUCCUCCUGUCAGAGACGUGGGGCCCCUGUACUCGCCGUACUCCGAGAUAGAGGAGAGCGCUGUGAACACUAACGACUCACUGGAGCCUCAUGCGGAUCUGGAAGGAGAAGCUCCAGACGGCUCGUUUGCGAAUCGUAACGGGCGGCACGCCAUCGGUCACGUGGACGACUACAGCGCCCUGCAGCAGCAGGUGAUGGAGGGCCGGGCGCUGGUGCAGCGGAUGGAGGCGGCGCUGCGGUCGAGUCUCAGCUCUGCCCUGCUGGAGAUCAGCGGAGGAAAGGCUCUGGACUACAGUACAGUGAAAACGCUGCUCUCCGACACCAAGACCUUGCGUCAGAUUCUGGACGAAGCCGUGUCUCUGCUCAAGAUGUUCUGGCGGGCGGCGCUUCCGAGCAGCGACGGUCCCGCUCAUCUCAUUCAGAGGGAGCAGUCGAUGCGUGAGGAGAUCCAGUCGCUGCGUUUGCGGAUCGCUGAACAGGAGGAUGUUCUUCAGGGAACCAUCCAGCGUCUGCGCUGCUCCAACCGAACCAAAGAAAGCAUGGAGACCUUCAUCGUCAACCAGCUUUCCCGGACGCGAGAUGUGCUGAAGAAAGCACGAGUGAAUCUAGAGAAGAAUGAGCUCAGGAUUUCCUCUCUAAGCUCCUCCUCUUCCUCUCUUUGCCAUGGUAAAGUCUUCACAGGUGCGUCCGCAGGUUCUUCUGCUUGGGGUCGCGUGACCCCUGCAUCCUCUGCGAUCGCCGUGGAAACAACCGGUCUGCAGCAACCUGCCAAGAUGCGUGUCAGGGAGGGACUUCAGCUUUCUGCCCCCCGUUAAACCAGCUGACAACCGGUCAACACCUCUAACUCACCCACCUCACCCUCGUUCUUUCUAAAAAUCUUUCUAAAGGAAACAUUUGACCUCUUUCCUUUAACAGUAGGCUGUUAAAAUCCAGAUGCCUAUUGAUUGCCUGUUUGUGAGAAGACAUUUAUCUUUUGCCACGAGAAAGAAAACACAUUCUUUACUUUCUGAGAUAUAAACAGACUGCCACAGAAUUCCCUCGAGUAUCUCAGGGAUUUUUGGCAAAAACACUGGUCAGCACGCAAGCCGUUCUGAGCGCUGACCUCUGCUGACACGUGUCAUGAGACGAAAUGGCAACUAAAGCAUGUGAAAUAAGUUCAUGUGCUUUCAUCAAGGGUCAUUGUGCCAUAUAUUGAGCCACUGUUAGUAUUAGUAUGAUUGCUGAUAUUGUCAUCAUUAUCCAGUGCUACUGACUGAAAUGGAAUGCUGUGUUUAGUAUUUGCAUGAUGCAGGUCGACAAAAAUAAAGUACACUUGUUCUUUUGUGAGGUGAGGUUCACCAAACAUGCCAAAGUUUGCAUGGUUAAUUUCUCUUUCUGCCUAAACUGUGCUGUUGAUGUCGACUUCUGUAUGUACACUGAUUUCAAGUAACCCAUAUUUACUAGCACUAUUUUAACAACCUUGUAGGAAUUCUGUAGGAGUGCUUUGGGUGUCUUGGCAGUCGCUUAUGCCAGAGAUAUACAAACGUAGCAAAUAAAUAGGUUUGUGAUUUUCUGCAUUUGCAAAAAUGAAUAUAAAAUUCAAGUUGUCAUUGAUUUGUGCAGUUAUUCCUGUGCAGAUAUAAUCAAUGAUAGUGUUGAAGAUUUCUGAACUAGAGAUGGCAAACUUUGGCAGGGAUUAGUGGGACCAGAGCUGCUGAUG